AUGGCGUCCGAUUUGACAAACUCCAUUCUGGACGCCCUGUCCGCGUCCGACGGCCCAAUUCUCUCUGACAAAGCCUUCCCCUCUACCCCCUCACUAGACCUUAAGAGUGCGCUCGACCGUCUAGCUUCGCGAAAUAUGAUCGAAUAUGAAAGAAUGGAAAGGGAAGCCAUUGCUCUGACCCAGGAGGGUGAGGAAAUCGCCGCCAAUGGCAGUCACGAAGCCAAGGUCUUCCAGGCGGUAUUGGCGGCCAUGGACGGAUUGAAGAUCGGUGACUUGCCUGGCAUUGUCGGAAAAGAGAACGCCAAGGUCGGCCAGGGUAAUGCAUUCAAGAAAGGCUGGAUCAAGAAGGACAAGGAUGUGUUGCGGGCGAACACCGAGUCCAUCGUCGACGAGACCCGAGAGCAGCUGUUGACCGUCAAGAACACGCAGACCUUGAACGACCAGAAGGCCAUCGCGGACCUCAGGCGUCGGAAGUUGAUCGCUCUGCAGAAGGUCUUUACCUUCCGGGUUUCAAAGGGCCCCAAGUUCGCCAAGGAGUUUGUCAAGGAGGAGACCGACCUGACGCCCGAGAUGAUCGCAAACGGGUCAUGGAAGACGGUUACGCUGAAGCCGUACAACUUCAAGGCCAAGGGUGCUCCUACGCCGGCCGGUGCCUUCCAUCCCCUCAACAAGGUGCGACAGGAGUUCCGGAAUAUUUUCUUUGAGAUGGGUUUCGAGGAGAUGCCCACCAACCGCUUCGUGGAGACGGGAUUCUGGAACUUCGACGCCCUCUACGUCCCUCAGCAACACCCCGCCCGUGAUCUUCAGGAUACAUUCUACAUUGCAGACCCUGCCACUGCCGACCCUCCGCGUGAGGAUCCCUUGAACGACCCCCACCGUCCGAAAUCCGUUCAGCCCGCCUCCGCAGCGACCUCGGAGAAGCCCCUCGACUACAAAGAGUACUGGGAGAAUGUGCGCCAGGUCCACGAGAACGGAAAGUACGGCUCGAUCGGAUACCGUUACCCCUGGAACGCAGACGAAGCCCUUCGGUUGGUUCUCCGUACCCACACCACCUCGGUGUCGACCUACGUCCUGCACAAACUGGCCACGAACCCGCGGCCGGCAAGGUACUUCAGUAUCGAUCGAGUCUUCCGUAACGAGGCCGUCGACGCUACCCACUUGGCCGAGUUCCACCAGAUUGAGGGUGUCAUUGCUGACUUCGGUCUCACCCUGGGUGGUCUGAUUGGAUUCAUGGAGGUCUUCUUCGCGAAGAUGGGUAUCCACCAACUGCGCUUCAAGCCCGCCUACAACCCUUACACCGAGCCCAGUAUGGAGAUCUUCGGUUACCACGAAGGACUGGGCAAGUGGGUCGAGAUUGGAAACAGUGGUAUGUUCAGACCAGAGAUGCUGGAGCCCAUGGGCAUUCCCAAGGACAUGAGAGUCUACGGAUGGGGAUUGAGUCUCGAGAGACCAACCAUGAUCAAAUACGGAGUGAGCAAUAUUCGAGAGCUUCUCGGUCACAAAGUCGACCUUAACUUCAUCGAGACCAACCCUGCCGUGCGACUGGAGAAGGACUAA